AUGGUCCCGCGGCGCUGCCGGCACGGGCUGGAACCCCGGUACGGGGUUGCGUCGCACAUUCCUGAGCCCAUGGAAAUCUCUUCCACCACUCCCAGCCGGGGCAACACGCCCGGCACCACCGGCACCACCGGCACCGCAGCCUGUGAAGCAGCGGCGGAGCAGCGGGACCGCGGGCACCUGCCAGGUGAGCCCGUUCUGCCAUCACCGAGCGCAGGUGGGAGCGGUGGGGUGGAGAGGGGGCCCGGCCGGGCACUGCGGGCCGUGCCGGGGGGGCAGCAGGGGCCGGAGGAGGCCCUCGCCCGCUCCCCGGGCCCCCCGGCAGCCUCUCCCGGCCUGCGGGUGCUCCCCGCGGGUGCGGAGGUGCGGGUUUUGCCACGGGACGCGGGGCAGAGGCGCUGCCGGGGGCCCUGGGGAGGGACGCGGGUGGCGGGUUGUGGGGCAGCGUUCCGGCCCCAGGACCGGGGCGGGCAGAGCCGGUGCCGAGGUGCUGCCAGCCCGACAGUCCUGUGGAAGGCCAGCAGCGGGAGGAUGGAGAGCAAGCCAGCAGUGAACGGCCACGCUGUCCCCAGCUUUCCCGGGGAAGGCACGCCAGGGAAAAGCCACUCGUGCCAGGAGGCGAUGCCACACAAACAACCCAAAGCGGCCGGCGGGGCCGCGGCGGGGCCGGAUGCUCCCGGGGAGCCCUCGGAGGCGGCUGGCAGCAUCGCUGGCGUGUAUGUAGAGGCUUCAAAGAAGAUAAUGAGCUUUUAUGAGGCCACCAGAGAGCACCUGCUGAGCCUGGAUCCGGCCCUCAGCCUCCUGGAGGCCCAGGCGGCCACGGGCUCCGUCGCCGACCCGGCGACGCGCCGGCGCGUCUCGGUGGCGGACGCCGUGCGCCUGGGGCUGGUGGGGCUGGAGCUGAAGGAGAGGCUGCUGGCGGCAGAGAGGGCUGCCACGGGCUUCCUGGACCCCUACACGGAGGAGAAAAUCCCCCUGUACCAGGCAAUGCAGAAGGAGCUGGUGGGGAGGGAGCAGGGCACCCGCCUGCUCCAGGCACAGAUGGCAACCGGGGGUGUCAUCGACCCGGCCACCGGCGCUCGGCUGCCCGCGGAUGUGGCCUGUGAGAGGGGAUUUUUGGAUGAAGAGAUGAGCCGGCACCUCUCUGACCCCAGCCAGGAGGACAGCAGGGUGUUCCUGGAUCCCAGCACUGCGGAGAAGGUCACCUACUCGGAGCUCAGGAAGAGGUGCGUUGUGGAUCCGGCCUCGGGCUUCCUCCUCCUGCCCCUGCAAAUCACGUUCCCGGGGCUGGGAGGGAGGGUGAGCAGCAGGGACCUGCGGGACUCCGGCAUCAUCAGCCACGACGUGUUCCGAGGCCUGGAGGAGGGGACGGUCUCUGCGCAGGAGUUGGCAGAGAACGACGUGGUCCAGCAGUUCCUGCGUGGGACCAGGAGCGUGGCCGGGGUUGUCCUGCCUUCCGGGGAGCAGAGGAGCCUUUACCAGGCGCUGAGAGAGCAUCUCCUCGUGCCUGGUGCUGCUCUGAUGCUCCUGCAAGUCCAGGCCUCCACCGGCAGCCUGACAGACCCCCUGAAGAACAAAACCUACUCAGUGGACGAGGCCGUCAGGGUCGGUUUUAUCGGCCCGGAGCUUUAUGAGAAACUGUCUUCAGCCGAGAAAACCAUCACUGGGUACAGAGACCCCUCCACUGGGGAGAUGCUCUCCCUGUUCCAAGCCGUCAGGAAGGGAUUUGUCCCCAGGGACCACGGCCUCUGCCUCCUGGAGGCUCAGAUGGCCACGGGGGGUGUGAUUGCUCCGGGCAGGCACCUCCGUGUCCCCACAGAGACGGCCUGCGAGUGGGGGUACCUGGAUGAGGCCACCAGGCAGCUCCUCUCCAGCCCUCCCGACCACAUGAAAGGGUUCUUCGACCCCGUUUCCAAGGAAAAGCUGAGUUAUUUGGAGCUGCUCCAGCGCUGCGUCACCGACCCCGGCACGGGGCUCCUGCUGCUGCCUCUGGGUGGGGACAGCGGUGAAGGAUCCCAGGGAACCCCCCUUUUCUUUGACCACAGGGCCCAAGUGGCUCUGGAAAACACACGGGUGCCCAUUUCUGUGGGGAAGUUCAAGGGCAAGUCGGUGUCUCUCUGGAAACUCCUCUUCUCCGACCACGUCCCGGGCGAGCGAAGAGCUGCUCUGGCCCAGCAGUUCCUGUCGGGAACACUCUCCACGCAAGGACUGGGUGAGGCCGUCAGAGCCACCGUGGAGGAAACGGCUGCCACUGCCAACGUCACCUUCGAGGGCCUGAGGGACCAGGUGACGGCUGACCAGCUCCUGAGCUCGGAAAUCAUCAACAAAGACCUGUUUAAGAGGCUCAAGGAGGGCGAAACGUCGGCCAAAGAGGUCGUGGGCAUGGACACGGUCAGGAAGUACCUGCAGGGCACGGGGAGCAUCGCUGGGCUGCUGCUCCCCGACUCCCAGGAGAAGAUCAGCAUCUACCAGGCAAAGAGGAAAGGACUCCUGAGGCCGGGGACGUCUCUGAUCCUCCUAGAGGCACAGGCUGCCACGGGGUUCGUCAUCGACCCCACGGCCAACAAAAGGUACUCCGUGGACGAGGCCCUGCGGGCGAACGUCAUCGGCCCGGAUGUCUACGACAAGCUGCUGGCUGCGGAGAAAUCGGUCACCGGCUACAGGGACCCCUACUCGGGGAGCAAGAUCUCCCUCUUCCAGGCCAUGCAGAAGGAGCUGAUCGUCAGGGACCACGGCAUCCGCCUGCUCGAGGCCCAGAUCGCCACCGGCGGCAUCAUCGACCCCGUGCACAGCCACCGCAUCCCCGUGGAGGUGGCCUACAAACGCGGCUACUUCGACAAGAAGAUGAACUUGAUCCUGUCCGACCCCAGCGACGACACCAAGGGCUUCUUCGACCCCAACACCCACGAGAACCUGACCUACCUGCAGCUGAAGGAGAAGUGCAUCACCGAGCCCUCCACCGGGCUCUGCCUCCUGCCCCUGAACAGCAGGAAGAGGCAGUUCGUCGACGAGGCCACCAGGCAGGUGUUCAGGGGCUCCUGGCUGCCCGUCAGGUUCGGGCGCCUGCGGGGGGAGAGGGUCUCCGUGUGGGACCUGCUGAACUCCGAGUACUUCAGCGAGGGGCGGCGCCGGGAGAUUUUCAACCACUUCCAGCUGAGGAAGCUCAGCCUGGAGCAGAUCCGGCUGAUGCUGGAGGAGGAGAUGAAGAAGUGGGCCCCCAUCAAGUUCCCGGCCAUGCGAGGCAGCGUCAGCGCUUACCACCUGAUGGAGACGGGCGUCAUCGACAGGGCCCUGUUCGAGGAGGUGCUGGAGGGAUCCGUCACCCCAGAGCAAGUCCUGCACAUGGACUCGGUCAGGAAGUACCUCUACGGCUCGGGCAGCAUCGGGGGGAUUGUGCUCCAGCCGUCCAACCAGAGGAUGAGCAUUUACGAGGCCAUGAAGCAGAACAUCGUGGUGCCGGGGGUAGCCCUGCCCCUGCUGGAGGCCCAGGCCGCCACGGGCUUCAUCAUCGACCCCGUGAACAACCAGAAGCUCCGCGUGGACGAGGCCGUCAGGGAGGGGGUCAUCGGCCCGGACGUCCACGAGAAGCUGCAGCACGCGGAAGGGGCCGUGACGGGGUACAAAGACCCCUUCACGGGCAAGAAGAUCCCCCUCUUCCAGGCGAUGAAGAAGGGCCUGAUCACGGACAAGCAGGCCAUGCAGCUCAUGGAGGUGCAGAUGGCCACGGGGGGCAUCAUCGACCCGGCGUGUGGCCACCACAUCCCCCUGGAGUCGGCCCAGCAGCGAGGGUGCCUGGAUGAGGACACCAGCAAGGCCCUCUCCGAGCCCAGCGAGGAGCACAGAGCCUUCUGCCUCCCGGACAGCAAAGAGUCCGUGACCUACGCCGAGCUGAUCCAGCACUGCCAGAGGGACGACGUCUCCGGCUUCCACUUGCUGCCUCUGCCCCAGGCAGCCGCCCCUGCCUACACCGACGAGCAAAUCCAACGGAUUUUCAAGGAAACCGUGGUGGAGGAGAAAGGGGUUUCCCUCUGGGAGCUCAUCCACUCGGGGUAUUUCACCGAGGAGCAGAGGAGCAACUUUGUGGAGAGGUUCCGCUGCGAGGAGCUGUCACUGCAGCAGCUGGUGGCUCUCGUGCUCGGGCUCGUGGGGGACAUGGAGAUGAAAGCCCGGACCCAGAUCUCCCUGGAGGGCCUGCGGGGCAGCGUCCCCGUGGUCUGGCUGCUGGACACGGGCAUCAUUUCUGAGAAGACGUUUGAAGAGCUGGCUCAGGGCAUAAGAACCCCCGAGGAGGUGGCUGCGAUGGAGAGCGUGAAGAGGUACUUGCAGGGCACGGGCAGCAUCGCCGGCGUCUUCGUAGAGGCGUCCAAACAAAAAAUGAGCUUCUACGACGCCAUGAAAAACAACCUCCUCCUCCCCGGGGCCGCUCUGAGGCUGCUGGAGGCUCAGGCAGCCACGGGAUACCUGACUGACCCCGCCACGAACCGGAGGCUCAGCGUGAGGGACGCCGUGAGAGCGGCCGUCGUGGGCGAGGAGCUCACUGAGAAACUCCUCCUGGCCGAGAGGGCCGUGACGGGGUACACGGAUCCCUACUCGGGGAGCCCCAUCUCCCUGUGCCAAGCGCUCAGGAAGGAGCUGGUCCCGCUGGGAGAGGCCGUUCCCCUGCUGGAGGCCCAGCUGGCCACGGGAGGGGUGGUGGAUCCCGUCCACCACCUCCACCUGCCGCUCCAGGCCGCGUGCAGGUACGGCUUCUACGACGAGGGCAUGAACCAGACCCUGUCCCAGCUGAACGACACCACCAAGGUGUUUUUCGACCCCAACACCAAGGAGAACGUGACCUACCAGCAGCUGAAGGAGCGGUGCAUCCGCGAGCCCGAGUCGGGGCUGUGGCUCCUCCCGCUGUCGGAAAACUCCAUGUUCUGCGUGGACGAGCAGACCAUGGAAGUGCUGAAAUCCGUGACCGUCUGCGUCAACGUGGGGCGGUUCAAGGGGCAGACGGUGUCCGUCUGGGACCUCCUCAACUCCGAAUACUUCUCAGACAGCAAGAGAAGGGAGCUGGUGCAAAGGUACAAAGAUGAGAAGGCCGAAGUGCUGCAGGAAAUCACGACGAUCAUCACCACGAUCAUCCAAGAGACUGAGGCACAGGGCAAGAAGUUUGCAUUCAAGGGCCUGCGGAAAAGAGUGUCUGCCAGUGACCUCUUCGAGUCCCAGCUCAUAGACAAAAAGACCCUCGAUGAGCUCAACCAGGGGAAGAAAACAGUCAAAGAGGUCACCGAAAUGGAGUCUGUCCGCAGGUACCUCGAGGGCAGCAAUUUCAUAGCAGGGGUCCUCAUACAGCCCAGCAACGAGAAGAUGAGCAUCUACCAGGCCAUGUGGAAGGGCAUCCUGAGGCCAGGCACCGCCCUGGUGCUGCUGGAGGCGCAGGCGGCCACCGGCUACAUCAUCGACCCCGAGAAAAACCAGAAGUUUUCCGUGGAGGAGGCGCUGAAGGAGGGUCUGAUCGGAGGGGAGAUCUUCGAGAAGCUGCUCUGCGCGGAGAGAGCCGUGACGGGCUACACCGACCCCUACACCAAAGCCCCCAUGUCCCUGUUCGAAGCCAUGAACCAGGGGCUGAUCGUGAAGAGCCACGGCAUCCGCCUGCUCGAGGCCCAGAUCGCCACCGGCG